AUGUGCCAGAAUUCUGUUAGGAGUGGCAAUAAGGCUAGGUUUUUGGGGAUUAGGUUUGGAAGUGCUCUUCUCUCAACUGCCACAGGUGCAAUUGCUAUCGCGCUAUUGUGUAAGUUCCCUGACACUAAAGCCGUAUUGAUAGUUAUUGUAUGUUCGACAUUGCUAUAUGGAAUACCGUCAUUGAUAUCAUUCAUCACAGAGACAGUAUUUGCACCUGGUAAGUUCCAUAUUGGGUAUUUUUACAACAUUCUUAAUUUUGCAUUACCAUUGAUCACCUUGGGCUGUACAGUAGAUUAUUUUCAUAAUACUCUGAGGGAACCAAUGUCUAUACAAAACGAGUCUCAUAGAGUCUAUAUCACAACAUUAGAUUCGUUGUUAAUUUUCACUCUCUUCACUAAUGGUAUACAGUUAGGAUUCUUUCUGAAGGAUGGUAAUACGAUCAAUAUUGGUAGUUCGUCCAACGAUAUGAAUAUGGAUCAGUACGAUAAAGAAGAAAAUAUGGUGGAAAAUGGUAGGUUUGUACCACUUAAAAAUUCAUCACAAACCUUAACACCAGAUUUAGAGAUAUUACAUGGUUGCCCAAGUAAAAUGAAUGGAGUAGCGUGGCUGAUCAAUGAACUCUCUACAAGCUCGAAUACAAAGGAAAACAGAACAAUAGUGUCAGAUCAAAAUUCAAACUGCUCAGUUAUUCGACACAACCUGGGCCCGAUUAGUUCCAGCAAGUAUCCAAAAAAGCCAUCGUAUUCGCAUUUUUCUAAAUUAAAAAGAUACAAUAGUUUCUUUCUAGGCCCUAUAGAAAAUAGGUGCAGGAAAAAUACACAACACGCUGCUAAGGUUCCAAAAGAAAAGAAAAACAACCACAGAAAUAGCCAGUAUGUGUCUAGAUUAUCAACCAUAUCAGAUAUCUCGAAAAGUUUUUUAAAUUUCUUGGCAUUAAAUGAGAAAAACGGGAACAACGUUUCUACUGCGAAAACAUUAAGUGAAGGAAGAACAUCGAUAAUCAUCAACGAAGGAAAUAAUACUUUGAAAUGCAAAACUCCCCAUGAUUCACACACUAUUGAAUCUCCAAAUUUGGAGUUAGAAAGAGAGGCCAUUGGAAGAAUUAAUAGUGCCUUACUUCCUGCCUGUUUAAGAGUAACAGAUAAAAUUAGCUCCCCUCAACAAAGUGCUCAAAAUGAAGAAUCAUACCAAAUAACACCAUUGAUACCCCAGAUGGAAUGCGAGGAUGAUUUCUACGUGCAAGAUAUUUUAAUGACUAACGAACUACAAGAUAUUCCACAAGUCCCAAGAAUAGCAUCAGAUACGGAAGGUGAUUCUGAACAAGAGUAUACUAAACACGUGGAUUUACCAGCACGCGUCACCUUAGAAAUGUGGGAAAAAGACCAGGAAAAUAUACUUCGAAAAGUAACAACGAACCUGGAUGAUAGUAAAUUAUUAUCCCCCUUCCGAUUUACCCCCAAUAGCGACAUGAAUCCAAGUGCAUCUGCAGAAUUGGAAGUAGAAUUGCAUACACAAAAUAACUUUAGUUUCCCCUUCAAACAUGAAGGUUUGCAAAUUGCCACAUCAGAUCAAAUUAAUCAACAAGAAUUCAAAGCUUCAGAUACUAUUAGUGAGCUAGAUGAAUAUUUGCACGAUGCAAGCAUCCAAGAAGAGGAUGCAAGUCAUCUGAUCGAAAGCAGUUUGAACCAGAACAACUUAUCUUCUGUUACUAUUGACAGUGUUCCCAAAGAAACGGCUAGGUUUAGUACAAGGCACUCACCAACCAAAUCGAUAAUUUCCAUGAUGAGCGGAUCAGGAAGUGUCAAGCACCAACAUUCACAUAGCACUCUAAAUAACUUCCUUACUGGUCAUUCAAGAAAUAAUUCUCAAAUAAACCAACUAUUACAAGGAUCUUCUUCUAAUAUAGUGUCCAACACCUCACCACAUUCGUCUCCAACUAAGUCAUUGAGAAUGAGAUUCGGAAAGAAACUGUCAUUAUCGAACAUCUCUGAUACAAUGUCACCAUACGAGAGUAAUCCAGCAGAUUCAUUUAACUAUUCAUUUAGCCAUGAUCGCAAAAAAAAUCAGAGUAUAGAUUUUAGCUACGUGCGUACCUUGCAAAGCAGCCACUCACCUACAAAAUCUGCUUCAGGAAAUUCACGUCGCGAUUCCUUAAAUAAUGGCAGACCCCAUAGUGUUGUUAACGAAAGAGCGCUUAGAACAGCAAGUACCUUAUUUUACCUCCAACAAAAUAAUGCCACGCGUACAUUAGAUGGAGAAGAGCCGCCAUUGGAAGCACCAAAAUCCAUACGAUCAUUAUCAAGUGGUUCUGAGCAAGAAUCUGCAGGAUCUGGAGCUGGUUAUCCAGAAGUAGUCUUUAGUGAGUAUGAUAGAGAAAAAUGGAAUGUUUUGAAAAAUUUAAGACAAAUAGAGCCAGAGGUAACUAUAAAGAGCGGGCUUAUUUAA